GAAAAAAUAAUAAUCACAGAGGUUAGACAGUGUGCACAUGUUGGGUACUUCACAAGCCGAAUUUCGAAAUGAAUCCUUGCGUAAUCCCGAAAUUAUCCGAAGAUCACGAUGGCGAUGAGCGGAAAUUGAGUAUGCACAACCGUUUCGUCCAACAAGCACGCACCUGCGAAUCCGAGGUUUUAUUCAUCGGCGAUUCAAUCAUUGAACAAUUACAGUUUUCUUCUUUAUGGCUUGAAAAAAUCAGUGCUUUGCAUUGUGUCAAUUUCGGGAUAGGUGGCGACAGAGUCGAGAAUGUGUUAUGGCGGAUCCAAAAUGGCGAACUCGAUUUUAACGUCAAAUUGAAAGCUGUGGUGCUAUUCGUGGGGACUAAUAACACCGAUUGCACCCCACAUGAGAUUUUUGAGGGGAUUUUGGAGAUUAUUAAGGAGAUUAAACAUAGAUUGGGGAAUGUUUUUGUUAUUUUACCGACUUUAUUACCACGUGGGCAGUACUCUAACCCGUAUAGGGAGAGGAACGAACAUGUUAAUACUUUUCUCAUUGAUAAGUUUUCGAAUGAAGCAAAUGCUGAUGAACUUACUGAAAAUGUUCAUGUUGUUGAAAUUCAUCACAAUAUUGUACAAAACGACCAAACUAUUUCGCAUCAUAUCAUGCAUGAUUAUCUGCAUUUGACCAAUUCGGGGUAUUUGAAGGUGUUUGGGCCCGUCUAUGAGAAACUUUGUACUCUUUUGAAUAAAUAAUUGAUUAAU